GAGGAGGUGGGAGGAGACGACGAUACCGCGCGGGUGAACGCCGGAGAGAACUGCUUGAGGAGUGUGGAGCUGCAGGGUUAUUAGCUGUCAGUGUCCAGAGCUGCAGACAGAUCUCAUUCAAGGUGGUGGUGUGUCUCAGGAUGAGGAGACGGUUGCAGCACGGUGUGUGUGGAGCCUGAGGUUCCUGGUGUGCCAGUGUGCACGCGCGUCCUCCUCAGCGCGGUCUCCGCACUUACUGCGUCGGCCAGAGCACGCGCCUGUGGACAUCUCCCCUGCCUCCAGCGACCCCGUCACUUCACCACGACAACCAUGGACUGCGGACUGCGCCUGCCGCCCGUCAUCGAGGAGGUCAUUGACCCUGCAGAAGACAUAUGCGAGCUGAAGGUGGAGCGGCCAGGCCUAGGCGAUGCCCUCACAGCUAAAGAGCGAGAGUCUCUGGAGGAGAACGAAGAGAAGCAGGAGAAAGAUGUGGAGGCAGGGCAUGGUGAGAAGGGUCUAGACGAGGAGAAGGAGGUUAAGGAGGAGAAAGCAGGAGACGGCGGGAGCGAGGAGAGGGGAGUCCUGUCAGAGGAGGAGGAGCUGGAGGAGCUCAGGAUGCAGGUGGCUCAUCUGCUGUUUGAACUGGAGGAGGCAAGGGAGGUAUCCCAGCAACACGAGGAGAGCUACAACGAGCUGCAAGGGCUUUUAGAGGAAGAGCGCUUAGCCAGUGCUCACCAGGCUGAGAGCUUCACAAGACAGAUCCAGAGACUUCAAGCCCAGCUGCGCUCCGUGCAGGAGGAGCUCGACAGCCUGGAGGAGGAGAAGGCCAGUGAGCUGUGGGAGGCCCAGGAAGAGCUGCGCGUGGCGCAAGAGGAGGUCCAGGACCUGCAGCAGGCGGCGGAGGAGGCGGCGGCCGAGCGGGAGAACGACAUCGCGCUCCUGCAGGAGGAGCUGUGUCGACUACGUGCUGAGCUGCAGAGGCUUCAUGGCACCACGCAGGAGUAUGAGCUGGAGGUGACCACGCUUCGCGCCGAGAUCAGCAUGAAGAGCCAGCGCCAGGUGGAGCAGGAGAAAGGCGGCACCCAGGGGGAGGUUGGCCAGCUGAAGAAGGAGUGCCGCUCUUUGAUGGAUGAAUGUCAGACCCUGAGGAGUGACAACAAGCGGCUCUCGGAGAAAGUGCAACUGUUGGAACAGCAGAGGGCAAGCGUCACUGACACUUUCCUGGCACUCCAAGGAGAGCAGGGCAGUGAGAAAGGCGGGCAGCUCCACAAGCAGCGGGAGGAGGAGGAGGAGGAGGCAGUGAAGGCCGAAGGCCGCGUGGGCGUGUUGCAGUGUGAGAGACCGGGCCGCCUGCCGGAUGCCUGCGUCCAGGAGAGCAAGGCAGUGGAGGGUAGAGUGGCAGGCUAUGUGGAGGAGAGACAGAGCCUGGCUGACGUGUUCUCCCUGCGGGACCAGCUUCGGCAGGCUGAGCGGAGAGCUUCCCAGGUCCAGAAAGAGUGUGAAGGGCUAAAGGGAGAACUUCUGGAAUUGCAAGCGCUCUAUGAGAGCAGUCAGAAGGAGAGGGAGGAGCUGGAGGCGGAGCUCCAGCGCUGCAGGGCGGAGCUUGACCAGCUGGCAGGGAGGAAGGCUCAGGAAAGAGAGGGAGACUGGAACCUGGCAUUGGUGGUUGCCAUAGCGGCGGCAGCGGUCUUGCUCGUGCCCAGUUUGACCAGAGCUCUUUCUUGAGCCAUAGGCAGGAAGUGAUGUCAUCCACCAAAGUCAGCUCUACCUGCUCGCUCACCUUCUCUGUUGUACGUGCACAUGCGCACACUACUGCCAUCACCAUCCUCGAGGACACACCGCACCAGGGGCCGCACACUGCUCCCUUACUCCUACAUGCUUCCACACACAAACACCUUUCCACUCCAGCAGUGGUGGACCAGGUGUGAUGUGUUCUCUCACAAGUGCACGGCACCAGAGAGGCGGACCCGGACAACCGGGGGAGUGAGAGAGCCGCGUGACUCCCUGCAUCUUCUUUACUGCCUGCAUUUUUUUUUUUUUUUUUUUUUUACAUUUUAGUGAAUACUGACCUGCAGACUGAGGAACUGUUUGCCUCAUCAUCUAGGAGAUUUCGAGCUUAUUUUUGUGUUUCAAAGGCAAUCUUCUCUUUUACAGGCCUUUGCUUUGGAUGCAAUCUCUUGCUUCAGUUCUAUAGCUUUACAGAUGUGCCGUAGCAGCAUGUGAUAUUUAAGAUGAUUUCACCUUCCAGGUCUUGCAUAUUCCACUGACGAACUCAGAAAUCUUUAACGUCUUUUUCAAUUCCUUUAUGCUUAGCUCAUUUCAGCAUAGAAGCCAGCCCUUCUGAAGCAUGCGUCAUACACCGAAAUGCUGGCUGACUCAUUUCGUAACAUUUAAAGUGUUUGUCAGUUCCUUCAUGAGUUGUGGGAUGAAGCACUGUUUGGUGUCGAGGCAAAAAUAAUCCCGGCAGUGGCGAGAUGACAGAUGGGAAUUAUGUUCAAUAAGGACCAAACUUGGAUUAACUGUGACCAGCUAGUAGUUUAAUUAUUAGUACAUUAAUAAUAAUGUACUACUAACUAAACUAUUAUAUAAAUUCUCCCUUUGCCAGUUUUAACCAUUUUAAAUUUAAUAGUUAUUUUAAUACGUGUUUGCUUAAACAAAUGAAAUUUAUUUAAUGAAUUUAAAUUAUGACAAAUGAAAGCUAUUUUUGUAUACAGCAGAACUGCAGCACAUACUCCAGAAUUACUCGAGACUAAUUAUAUUAAUUCGUAGUUGCCAGAAUUACAUCUUAGAACAUUCCUCUGGAGCAACUAAUGUUUAAGCAACAGAACAGUUUUUUUGGUUCUAGGGUCCAGUAGGUUUGACGUGGAAUGUCAUAUUUAAUUUGAGAUGUUUACAUUUAAUUUGGGAUAAUCACGUAGGACUGAAAACCCUUUUUCAACACAGGAGCCUCUGCCCUGGGACCCUUAGUGAUUGGACAAGGGGCUCAGCUGUUUCUUGGCAGCUGCGACUGUAUCAUUAUUUCAUCCAUAAGAAAGCUAACAAACGGUUUAGAGCUCACAAGGAAAUGUGUCUUGAUUGCAUCUGUUAAAUCCUACAGACUAUGACCAAAGGAUAUUCAUGAAGAAGGGACACGGGCAUAGAUUCAUAAAAGAACCUUAGCAUGACCUUCAAAGGUUUACAAGAGAAUCCAAAGCACUGAUAGGAACAGAAAGGUCAGUUUCCUAAAAAGUACUCAUAAAGGCUGUGGAGUCCUCAGACACAGUUACAGAUGAGAGAGACAACACAUGGCAGGCAGAAAGACCAAGAGCACUGGAGUGGUAGAAGUGGGGGGUGGGAAUCACUAAAGAUAACACUAACGGCACCCCCACAACCAUGGCUCACGUGAUGCCAGCAUUUCUGACCUAGCAGAACUUCACCAGAGAAAAGCUUCCAAGCGGGACUGUCUCUGAACCGUAGAGUUCAGGCAGACAGCAAAUUCAAAGGAUCUGAAUCUGAAACGGGAGGGGUAUGUAGAAAAAAUACAAACACAGCUGUAUGAUCUGACCCUUGUAAGGAUCUUGCUGACCCAGAUCGCUUCUCCAAAGACCACUGCGACUUUGGUUCGUACGCAUGUCGCAACUUAAGAUAUGUAGCACAAAUUCAUGAGCUUUACCUGAAGUGUGCAGCUACAUAAAUGAUGCAGUUUCCAUCACCAAGUCGGUUUCUGCUCAGUUGACACCAGUAUCCAAUGAAGAAUACAUAAUGAUCCUGUAUUAAGCAAAGUUCUUGUUUUAAGCAAGUAUGUUAUAAAAGCUUUUUAAAAACAUUUGUUGAAGCUCUGCAGGGCUUCUUUUUUCCUUAAUGUCUGAAUAAGGGGGCAAUGGUAGGGGUCACCAAGGCACACUCAUAGUUAUGUUAUAAGCUCUUAACAGCUUGGCUUCAAAGCACAGCUUGCCUUUAUUUGCAUCCUUAACAACUGAGCAAACUGGACUUUGCCCAAAUUCAGAACUGUAGCUGACACAGAAUGUGCACAUAGCAGAGAGGUGUCAUGUGUCGCUGCUUCUGUGCCUCUUUGUUAAUGUUGCUUUAAAUUGUAGAAGAGAUGCACCCACCCAAAAUGGGCUUGGAUGUAUCCUUGAGUUACCUACAGUACACCUACAGUGCAACUACAGUACAACUACAGUACACUUACAGUACACCUACAGUACAACUACAGUACA